AUGGCGUCCAAUAUACACUCUUUUGUGAGAUACCCUAAGAGCGGCGUGUCGAUCCUCAUUGUUGGAGGAGGUAUUGGCGGACUGAGCUGUGCAAUUGAAGCACAUCGUAAGGGCCACAAUGUCCGCCUAGUCGAGAAGCAAAUGGACAUCAAUGACGGAGGCGCCAUCAUUGCGGUCCCAAAUCCUGCCGUCGGGGUCUUUUCCAACUGGCCCGGGUUCUUGGAUCGCUGCCACAGACACGCGAUGAACCCAAUUUGUCGAAUGAUGAGAGGUGACAACACGCACAUCAAAGACACCCCCUUGGCGCAUCCAGAAUUUCCGGCAAUGCCAAUCAAUCGCCCCGCGCUUCAUCAACUCCUCUUCGAUUUCGCAACUGAAGUCGGGGUGCCCAUCGAGCAGGGCAGGACGGUCAGCACCUACUUCGAGGAUGAACAUCAAGCCGGCGUUGUGUAUGAUGAUGGAACCAGGGAGGUGGCUGAUGUUGUCGUGGCCGCCGACGGCGUGGGCUCCAAGGCGCGUGAGCUUGUAGUUGGGGAGUACCAGGAAUCCAUUCCAAGCGGAUUCGCCUGCCACCUUGCCACAUUCCCUGCUGGCCCAGCUCUCGAGAACGAGACUAUUCGAGACGGCUUCGGUGAUUUCCUGAAUGGUGUCAUGUUCGCCCUUGGUCCAGGUGCUCACAUGGCUGUCGGCCGGACGGAUGAGAUUUUGACAUGGCUGAUGGUGCACAAAGAUGAAGGCAGCAGCGAUGACGUAUUCAAACAGGUUGUGUCAGCAUCAUCCGCGUCAAAGUAUGUUGAGACCUGGGCUCCGUUCUACAAAGAAAUCAUAAACGCCACACCUCCCGGCAAGCUUCUUUUGUGGAGGCUCAAGUGGCGUGAUCCACAGGGCACGUACAUCUCUCCAAAAGGCCGUGUAGUUCAGAUUGGCGACGCAGCGCAUUCUUUUCUGCCUACGUCUGGUGCUGGUGCCGGCAUGGCAAUAGAGGAUGCAGGAUGCCUCGCUUCAUGCUUGCAGCUUUCUGGAAAAUCCAACGUUCCCUUGGCUUUGAAAGUUCAUAAUCUGUUUCGAUACGAGCGUGCGACUUGUGCUCAGAAAGUGGGCUUCAAAAACCGCGAGGUUUUUCACCAGGCCGACUGGAGCGUCGAGGUGGCUCCACAGACAGGAGGCACUUUCUCAGGAAAAUGGCUUACUGGACACAAAGUAGAGGAAUACGUCUAUGAGAACUAUGGCAAGGCUGUUCAGCACCUUCUUGUGGGUGCACCAUUCAGAAACACGAACUCGGUUCCUGGGUUCAACUUUCGAUCAUGGACAGUCCGCGAGCUUCUGGAAGCUUCUGAGCGCGGCGAAGUUGACACAGAUGAAGGUGACUGGUAUAGUUAA